AUGACUGUGAGAGGCGUCGACAUCUCGCCUGUUGCUCUUCGACUUGCACAGGAAAAUAUUGCACGAAAUAUCAAGCUUCAAACUUUGAUCAAACCAACCAGAAAUAAGAGGCUUGACAUCACAACGGCCAAUGUGUUCAGUGAUAGCGACAUGCAACAGCUCGCAGUUACCCGCUGGGACAUCCUCGUAUCUAACCCUCCGUAUGUCUCAGACGAUGUCUGGCAUCACGGACGUGGACAACUCGGAUAUUCUGUGCGAAAAUAUGAGCCACGUCUCGCUUUGGUACCAACUAACGACCUUCCUUGUCCGAGCGGAUGCAAUCAAGCGGAUGUCUUUUAUGCUCGGCUUUUGAACAUCUCGGAACUCUUAAAGCCGAAGGUGGUACUGCUCGAAAUUGGCGAUGAGAGUCAGGCUCGUCGCGUACUACAGCUGUACUUUGCUCAUCCCAUUUCACAAAGUUCGAGAGUUGAAGUCUGGCGUGACUGGCCUGAUAUAGAAGGGACAGAGGACUCAGAGCUGAGUGUUGAGGUUGAAGAGUCCAAGGGUGAGAGGUGUCAAGUUCCAGUGAAAGGUGACGGUCGUAUACGGUCUGUUUUAAUUCGCCGAUUGGACGAGGCCUGA